AUGACAUCUCUUCCACGUAAACUAUGGCAGCAUCCAGCCCCCGAGUCGACCCAAAUGGGUCACUUCCAGCGAGACCUAGAGAAAUCCACCGGACGCAAGUUCGACUCCUUCCAUGAUAUGUACCUGUAUUCAGUCAAGAACCGUUCAGCGUUCUGGGAAUUCUGCUGGAAAUACUUCCAACUGAUCCACGAGGGCUCUUACACAAAGGUAGUCGAUGAAUCCGCUCGAAUGGACAGCGUACCCGAGUGGUUCGCCGGUGUGCGUCUGAACUUCGCCGAGAACCUGCUUUUCUCGCGCACUGCUGGCGACAAAACAGACAAGGAAGACAACAAGAUUGCUGUUAGCGAAGUUCGAGAAGGCGCUGCGCAUGAGGUUAUCCAUCUCACCUGGGGCGAGCUCCGACGACGGACCGGAGCGCUGGUCCAGGCUAUGAAGGCUCAUGGGGUCGUUCGGGGUGAUCGUAUUGCUCUCUGCGCGGCGAAUAGCAUUGAUACACUACUUGUGUUCCUGGCGUCAACGGCUCUGGGAGCUAUCUUCUCGUCUAGUUCCACGGAUAUGGGUACUAAAGGCGUUUUGGAUAGGCUGCUUCAGAUCAAGCCUCGCUGGCUGUUUAUGGACGACCUGGCUGUUUAUAACGGUAAGACCAUCGACUUGCGAUCGAAGAUUGGGGAAAUCGUGAAAGGCAUGAAGUCUGUUCCUGAAUUUGAGGGAGUCAUCUCACUACCUCGGUUCUCUUCGCGGCCGGCGGAUAUCAACUCCAUCCCUGGGACCAAGACUCUGGCGGAGUUCCUCGAAAAGGCGGGCGGAAAUGAGAAACUCGAAUUUGAAAGAGUUGGAUUCCGCGAUCCCUUCUUGGUGGUUUACUCGUCUGGCACAACAGGACAGCCGAAGUGUAUCGUCCAUUCUGUGGGGGGCGUGCUUCUAAACUCGAGCAAGGAGGGGAGAUUGCAUGGUGAUCUCGGGCCUGACUGUGUGACCUUACAAUAUACGACAACAGGAUGGAUUAUGUAUAUGAGUGCUGUGCAGACUUUACUCUUUGGGGUGCGGGUGGUGCUGUAUGAUGGAAGCCCAUUUAUCCCAGGUAUCACUGCUUUGAUUGAUCUCGCAGCGCAGGAGAAGGUGACCCACCUUGGAAUAUCACCCCGGUGGCUCCAUGAGUUACAACAGGCUAAGAUCAGACCCCGCGAGAAAGUUGAUCUCAGCUCGUUACGGGUUGUCACAAGCACUGGCAUGGUUCUUCGGGAUGCAUUGUUUGAGUGGUUCUAUGACGAAGGGUUCCCAUCCCAUACUCGUCUGAAUAAUAUUUCUGGGGGCACUGAUAUUGCAGGAUGCUUUGGAACAGGCAACCCCCUUGUCCCACUAUACGUUGUCUGGGCAUUCCCGUGGAGGUUUACGAACUCUACGAUUGAGGGCGGCGACGGGAUCAAGGGAGUACCCGUGGAGGACGGUGUUCCAGGCGAAUUGGUCGCCACAUCUGCUUUUCCCAACAUGCCCACACUAUUUUGGGGUGAUGAGAGCGGCAAGAAGUACCAUGAUGCGUAUUUCGAGAGAUUCGACAAUGUGUGGACACACGGGGACUUCGUUUCCAUCCAUCCAAUCACGAAACAGAUCCUGUUUCACGGACGCGCUGAUGGGGUUCUCAACCCGUCGGGAGUGCGGUUUGGAUCGGCCGAGAUCUAUCGGGUACUCGAGGGCCAAUUUUCGAAAGAAAUUAGCGAUUCCAUAUGCGUAGGCCAGCGACGACCAACAGAUACGGAUGAGCGGGUUAUACUCUUUUUGCUCAUGAGACCAGGGGUGGCGUUCACACCGGACCUGGUUGCACGAGUGAAAAGUGCGAUCCGUGCAGAGCUGAGCCCUCGCCAUGUGCCCAUGUUCACGUUCGAGACCCCUGAAAUCCCGACCACGGUCAACCUGAAAAAGGUGGAGCUCCCUGUGAAGCAGAUUGUGUCUGGAAAAAUCAUAAAGCCGUCGGGUACACUGCUCAACCCGAAGAGCUUGGACUUCUACUAUCAAUUCGCCCAAGUGGAAACUCUGCGCGAGAGUAAGCUCUGA